AUGAGACUACUCAACGUUUCAACACGCGAGGUGGAAGAGUUCCACGGAACCAACAUCCCCGAAUAUGCCAUCCUCUCGCACACAUGGGGCACCGAAGAGAUGACCUUCCACGACAUGGAAGCCAUCGCCAGAUAUCGUCGGUCACAACAAGAACCCCCUGCAGACCUGGUGCCGCGAAACGCCGAUACACCAGACGCCAUGAAGCUUAUGCUUCUUUCAACCAUGCUGAUGGCAUUUCGAGGAGAACGGGCCCGGGCCAACCGGGGUCCACCCCUUCCCGCUCUCACCAACGGUUACGAGAGCGACCACUCCGACUCCUCCGACACGAGGAGUCAACGAGGCAGCAUGGUGCCCUCUGUGAUACUCCAUCCCUUCGAGCACAAGGCCGGAUACGCCAAGAUUGCCUACGCAUGCGGUCAAGCCGAGAAGGACGGGUUUCGAUAUGUCUGGGUGGACACCUGCUGCAUCGAUAAGCGGAAUAGCGCGGAGGUUUCCGAGGCGGUGAACUCCAUGUUCCGCUGGUAUCAACGAGCGGCGGUGUGCUAUGCAUUCCUCGAGGACGUCCAUUUCGAUGACUACACAGAGGGCUACAUGACAUGGAAGGACCAUUUCGCCAACAGCAAGUGGUUCACUCGCGGGUGGACACUGCAAGAGCUGCUGGCUCCGCGGAAGGUGGUCUUCUACGCCAGGGGUUGGAGGUUACUCGGGACCAAGUCCUCGCUCGUCAAGCACGUCGCCAAGAUUACCGGGGUGGAUGAGCUGACGCUCCUCGAGCCAAAGCUCAUCCCGAACGCCAGCGUGGCCCAGCGCAUGUCCUGGGCGGCCAACCGAACCACCACCAAACCCGAGGAUCUCGCCUACUCCCUGAUGGGCCUCUUCGGCGUGAACAUGCCCGUCAUCUACGGCGAGGGCGACAAGGCGUUCCUCCGCCUGCAGGAAGAGAUCAUCAAGCGGUCCGACGACCACACCAUCUUCGCCUGGGGCACUCUCGGCGAUGGGCAAGCCCACGCCCCGCACUACCCCGGCCAACACCCCGACCUCGACGAGAUCGACCUUGACGACCUCGCCGGCACCACGGGCAUCCUCGCCCAGUCCUCCAAAGACUUCGCCGGCAUGGCGCACGUCGUCGUCUCCGCCCCAACCCCCAACCAACCCAUCACCGACUACGCCCUGACCAACAAAGGCCUGCACAUCACCCUCGACCUCGCCCGCACCCCCACCCCAACCACCACCACAACUGCCUCCGUCACCAACACCAGCAACUCCACCACCACCCACCCCCCGAUCACCUACCUCGCCAUCCUCAACUGCCACGCCGAGCAGGACCCCACUACCCAACUCGCCCUGCUCCUCACCACCACCCCGACCACCCCCAACCUUUUCGUGCGCACCCGCUCCCGCCAGCCCACCGCCGUGCCCACCGCCGAGCGGCCCUCCGCCAAGCCCCGCUGCCUGUACCUGCCGACGAGCAACGACGCGGCGCUGGACGCGACGGGGCGCCGCUUUGGCGGCGGUGACGGUGGUGGGGGUGGGGGUGGGGGUGUUUGGGGUGUGAUUGGCCGGGGCGGGAGCGCGGCGCGCAGGGCGGAUGAGGUUGGUCUUUGUGCGCGCGCCGGAUUUGAUUGCGCCCGGGUCGCGGUGGUGACAUUUUGGAAUCGGCAUAUGAAGUGUGGGUUUGUGGUGAGGGUUUUGGUGGAGGGGCUGUCGAGGGCUGUGUUUGUGGAUUUGUUGCAGGGGGUGCAGGCGGAUGGUGGUGAUGGCGGGGAGGGGUUGGUGGAGGUGGCGAAGAGGGCGUGGGAGAACCCUGGGACGGUGGAGGUCAGUGUGCCUGGGAGGGGGGAGGAUAAGGCGGCGAGGAGGAGGAUGCAGGUUGAGGUGUUGACUCCGGGAGGGAAGGCAGGGGAGGAGCAGGAUGGGAGGCGAGGUCGCCAGGGCGGCGGCUGGACUUACCGGACGGGACACGAGGUCAUGGUGUCGGGGAGCGUCACUUUCACGGAGAAGUGGGAGAGGGACUACCAAAGGACUGUGAACGCCAAGGUGGAGCGCAAGAAGAAGGGGGCCAUCGAGCUGAGCAUGACGUCGAUGUUGUGGCAGGCUGCGCCCGUCGUGAGGGGAGAGGACCUCGAUCAGCCGUCUUAG